GCUCGUAGCCGUUGAUUGGCUGCGGCGAGGCAGGCUCCUGAGAGCGCCAGAAAACAAUCUUUAGCGGGUCUUCUUCAGACUCCAGCCCUGGUUCAGUCUCCAGAGUCCCGCUGUAGAGUCCAGAGUGAACCGGACCGUCCGCGGCUAUGAGGACCUGAAGACCUGAAUACCCCCUCCAGACCCUCCAGACCCUCCAGGACUACUGGACGAUUGAGACCAGGAUUACCUUACCUUUACUAAGAUGUUUCGCGUGUCUCUGAAAGACCUCAGCAGUCCAGGGAGGACCAUGGACCUCAGCGGAGACGUCCACCGCUCGGCAAGUGACCAGAAGGAGAACAUCUGCACUGGGCGGCCUGCCCCCACCCGGACCCCCGCUGAGCUCCAGUCUCCCGCUGACAUGCGGACACCUGUCAAGCACGCGGGUGACUCCCCCCAGCCUGAGCCCUGGACCCCUACCGCCAACCUGAAGAUGUUGAUCAGCGCCGCCAGCCCCGACAUCAGACGCAUGAGAAAGUGUGAUGCGGUGGAGGAGGAGGAGGAGGAGGGGGAGGAUGGCGAGGCCAAGCCCAGCAGGAAGCAGAGGAGUCUGGGGCUGCUGUGUCAGCGCUUCCUGGCCCUCUACCCCGACCACCCCCAGGACAACGUGACCAUCUCAUUGGACGAGGUCGCCAGCAGUCUGGGCGUGGAGCGGCGGCGGAUCUAUGACAUCAUCAACGUGCUGGAGUCCCUGAGCAUGGUGGACCGCGUGGCCAAGAACUGCUACACCUGGUGGGGCCGGCGGCGCCUGGGGGCGCGGCUGGGGGAGCUGCAGCGCCACGCCCACCAGCAAGGCAGCGGCCCUGCCCCCGCCACCACGCCCCGGGACGAGGAGGCCGCCGACGGAGACGCCGUCAGUGUGACGGCCAACAGGAAGGACAAGUCUCUGCGCAUCAUGAGCCAGCGCUUCGUGUCGCUCUUCCUGGUGUCGGAGUCGCAGUGCGUUACCUUGGAGACGGCCGCCCAGCUGCUGAUCGACCACAACGCCACCAGCCACAGCAAGUACAAGACUAAGGUGCGGCGUCUCUACGACAUCGCCAACGUCCUGACCAGCCUGGCGCUCAUCAAGAAGCUCCACGUCCGCGGAGACCGGGGCAGGAAGCCCGCCUUCCAGUGGCUGGGCCCGAUCUGCUUCAGCACCCCCCCCGUUGCCAUGGCAGCAGUCACUCCACCAGAAAGUGUCUCAGAGCCAAUCUCAGCUCCGAGUGGCCGGGAGGCCAAGCUGACCCGCCACGCCUCCUUCAAUGUCCCGCCGAGCCGUAGCUCCGCCCACCGCCUGGUGAACUCCGCCCCCUGCAGUCCCACCUCCAGGCCAGCAGCCGUAUCCCAGCAACCACUGGACUGUUCUAGACACGCCCUCCUGGACCUCAGCUACAGAGAGGGCGUGUCGACCCCCCUGCAGGCCCCCUACUCACAGCCCCGCCCACAUCUUGAGGAAGACUCCGCCCCUCAGCGGGUGGCCUACCUGCCCAGCCUAUCACAGCCCUCUGUGGUGCUGCUGUAUGGGGGUCAGAGGUCACCCAAGAGGAAGAGGGACGGAGAGGAAGAGGAUGAGGAGGAGACUGAGAACCGCCAUGGGGGGGGCUCUGACCCCAGCGGCCCCGCCCAACCCUACCACUACCUCUACGUCCCGCACAACGCAGGCCUCAACAGCAUCAACUUCCUGUUGUCCGCCAGCCAAUCAGCGGCCGGCCUCUCUCUGCCCACGCUGGCACUGCCCUACGUGCUCCUCCCCUCCUACCCAGUCGCCCCCGGCGACGCACACCCCUCCCCCCUCGGCUUCCUGUCCCAGGCCAACUUCCUAAUGGGCGCGGCGGGGCCUUAUGGGCACCCGGGGGCGGAGCUUGGCGUGACGCUAGCCCCUCCCCCGCAGAGCAAGAGGGACGACGUCGCCAAGCAGCAACCACUGACGCCUCGCACCCCCAAAGAGACCACGCCCACUCCCAGCGGCGGGACCUUCUUCCAGACGCCGGGAACGCUGGGUAGUGUAGUCCCGGCUAUCGGCAGGAGAAAGAGAGGCUCCGCCCAGAGACGGCUGGACGUAGGCCACACCCCCCAGGCUAGCUGAGCCAAUCGCAGCGCACUGCUCUCUGGCCAGGAGAAGACCUCAGAGGAAACUCUGAUCUGAACAGAACAUUGAUCAUAGUUCUAUGAUCCAAUACUUAAAUUGAACUUCUUCAAAUGUUACAUAUUCUACAGGACAACGUUUGUGGAGGUUCACUGAAGGAAGCUCUCGAUGUUACCUCCUAUGAAGCCUCAUGGCCAACGGAUCCUCUGGCUGAUCUGUCUCGUGGAGAGACCGACGGCGGCCGUGUUGUGAACACAGCCCCCUCUUGUGGCCACAGUGUGUGCUAUGACCACAUGCUACUUCCUGUCCUCUAUUGAUUUGUGUUUUUACUCCAGUGCUAAUUUAUAUUUUAAUUAAUAUAUGUGUAAAUGACUUGUGGAGGAUAACGAUGGUGUCUUCUCGAAGCAGUGCCAAGUGGACCGGAACUGCUUGAAUGUUUGAGGUUAAAUCACUAAAGCCUUAAGUUUACAGCCAGGCAGCCGCUGCUAAUGGUUACUAUGGUUACCCUGGUGCUGCCCUCUGGGACCUUUGACCUGAUGGUGCUGUCGUUGUGGCAACCGACGUUUCUAAUACUUGAAUUCCCUGUCGGGGACUUAGUCUUCCAGAUGUGAAUUUUGGAGAUAUGGAAUUACUUCAACGUACUGUAACAACCACUAGCCUCACGAAACAAGCUUUACGGUAGGGGCUGUAACUUUACAACCUGGUACCCUGCUGUGACUUUACACCCUGGUUCCUGGUACCCUGCUGUAACUUUAGACCCUGAUUUCUUGUACACCAGCUCAUGCUGGUUUCGGUCAUCACUAAGUUGCAGACUUGGGUAAGAAAGGAAGCUUCUAAUGUCUUGUUGAACGGCUGGACGUGGACCCAUACGACUGUAGCACCAGCUCUCUAAUGCCUUGCACAAUGGUUAGCAUUUAGGGGCAGUCACCCCACGCCCUGAAGCAUUCUGGGCCACGCCCACUUAUUCAACAUGUCAAACACAAAUGUUAGGUACACUCUGUAAUAAAAUGGUUAAAAACUAA